UUUAACUUGAACUCGGCGGGUUUAGACCACGAAAAGAGGCCGCGUCGGCGCUUACCGUGAAAAGAGGAACUCUACACGCUCAGAGAAAAGGUCAAUGUGCACCGAUAAUGCGAUUAAUAAUUUUCCAAAUGCAAUCUACGAUCUAGGUCGCUGUUCUCUCAUGACACUUGGCUGAUCAUGAUCAGUAGUCCGCCGCCGAAGUCCGAAGGACGAGCCAAGGGCAAAGUGCGGAAAAAAUGGUGGCCGUUCCACGCGACGGACUUUCAAUCCUUGAUGUAUCCCUGCUUCAUUUUCUGUCGCAUUCUCGGAAUAUUCCCGUACAAGAUCAACGCUUCGACCUUCGAGUUUUCUAAAGCGCGCUACGUCCUGUCGAUCAUCGUUAUAAGCAUCGUAAGUGCGACGGGGCUGACGAUACUCUACGAGAUUGACGUUGCCGAGAAGAUCAAAUAUGAUGGCGUACCUGGAGCACUUCAGUGUAAUUGCUACUACGUACUCGGCGGUUUUAUAGCGAUCGUCACGUGUAUCUUGAGCAAACCGCGAAUGCAUUUACUCCAAACCACAUUGGAAAUCUCUUCAAGAUUGCCUCCCGAAACGUAUCAGAAGAUGUCAAGGUUGAUCCAUGCCAAGGACAUCAUCGGUUUCCUCUUGCUAAUCGGCCAAGCGUCGAAUUGUUGGUCCGAUAAUUAUGGCGAUUUCUUUCUCAAGGUUAUAGCAAUGUACAUCACCCUGCUAGUAUUUCAGACGGACAUGCUGUACAUGAAUUGCGUUUGUGUGCUAAAGGCCUGUUUCAAACGAAUCAACGACAAUCUGGUGAGUCUGCGAGAACACGUGGUGAGCGACGAGCCGCAUCUCCUCAGACGGAUCUAUCACGAGCAGAGAAAUCCAUUUCUAUUAAUGGAGCUUAAAGCUCUGAAAAAGCGGCAUCUGAUAGUCAGCGACACCGUGCAGAUGCUGAACGCGAUUUUCAGUCUGCAACUUCUCGCCACCAUAGUCAUGACUUUCGCCGAAAUCACUUUCAGCUUGUACUUCUACAUAGUACAGUGGCAAGACGGCGUAUCCAUUAUCAAUCUGGAGAAACAGAUCUGGCACGCGUACUACAUCACGUCCGUAGCAUAUUAUUCUAUAAAAAUAGCGUUUGUGGUAUGGGCCUGCGAUACCGGCAAAGAUCAAGCCCUGCAGAUUGGCACGACCGUUCACGACGUGCUCAUCAGCACCAGCGAUAAGCAGAUCAAAGAUGAGUUGCAAUUGUUUUCCUUGCAAAUAUUGCAUCGUGAAAACACAUUUUGCGCGAAGGGCCUUUGUGUGGACGCAACACUCCUCACUGCGAUAGUGGGUAGCAUCACCACGUACCUAUUAAUUUUAAUACAAUUCUUGGUCACGUCGAAAUCUUGCGGAAAAUCUUCAGCCAAUAGUACGCAGACAAUUUAAUUGUAUACAUAAUAUAUAUAUAUAUAUAUAUAUAUAUAUAAAAUAAGGUAUAUAUAAAUAUAUCAAAAAAAAAAAAACAUGUUUUUAGAUAUUAAAAUUUUUUUUAUGCAUUACGAGUAGAACAUCGCCUGAUAUUUUAUAUUUAUAUGUAUAAUGUACAGAACAUUUGGAAACUUUUAUUAUGUAAAACUCAACGAAUCAAACAUAAGCUUCUAAUAAGUUUUAUUUGCUUAAGUGCAGCGUGUGAGACGUAAUAAA